AUGAUGAUGUGCGCCGCUGCUAAACGUGACUUUCAUCAACCACCGACCAGAACGAGGGCUCCACCAACUAAUGUCCUCAAAUGCGACAUGCAAUUUGGUGCCUAUGUUCCUGAUCACAAAGAGGGCCAACUCUUACCAGGACUGUUUUAUUUGUCUGGAUUGACAUGCACUCACGCCAAUUUCAUGGAGAAGUCUGGUUUUCAAAGAUAUGCGAGUGAACAUGGAAUGGUUGUUGUGCACCCCGACACAUCACCUCGAGGUGUAGACAUUCCAGGUGAUAGCGAUUCUUGGGACUUUGGUAAAGGUGCCGGAUUCUAUGUCGAUGCUACUGAGAAGCCGUGGUCAGAUCACUACAAAAUGUACAGUUACGUCUGCAAGGAGCUUCCAGAAAUUGUCAAAAAUCAGCUUCCGGUUGACACUUCAAAAUUAGGAAUUUUCGGACACAGCAUGGGAGGUCACGGUGCAAUCUCAAUUGGUCUGAAACAUCCCGACUUGUUCAAAUCGAUCUCAGCUUUUGCUCCCAUCUGCCAUCCUAUAAAUUGUCCUUGGGGCCAGAAAGCACUGAAGAAUUACCUUGGUGCUGAUACCAAAGCAUGGGAACAGUACGAUUCAUCCUUGCUGUUGAAAACCUACAACGGCCCAUCAAGGAAGAUACUUGUCGACCAGGGCGCUAGCGACUCAUUUCUGUCAGAUGGGCAACUUCAGCCGGAAACGCUGAAGUCGACUGGUCCAGUAUCAGUGGAAGUGAGGACACAACCCGGAUACGAUCACAGUUACUACUUCAUAGCCACAUUUAUUGGAGAUCAUUUUGAUUUUCACGCUGCUGCAUUGAAACAGUAG